AUGCCUCACAAGGCCAUCUGGGUGAACUCUGAUGCAACGCAAGAGGUUAAAAGCAUCCCCGGCGAUUAUAAACCUCCAAAAGGUGAUCUGUUAUUGAAGACUAUCUGCGUCGCAGUAAACCCAGGAGACUUCAAGCAUCCCGAAACCUUCGGAGCAGUCAAUACUGUUGAGGGGUUCGAUGCCGUUGGUGAAGUCAUAGGGAUAGGACCGGAAACAGAAGGAUUCAAAAUCGGGGAGAAAGUGCUGACCUUUGCUAGAGGGAUCGGACCAGCUGAAUGGGGAGCUUCACAAGAGUUCUUCUUGGCACUUGCUGCAACUUGCUGGAAUUUUGACGAAUCAAAACUUAGUGAAGACCAGGCAGCAACAAUUCCUUUGGCCUUGUUCACAGCCUGGGCCGAUAUAGUCCUUGAUUAUAAGGAUGAAAAUAUCGUGGAGAGGAUUAAAGAGGCUAUUCCAGGCUCUAAAAAGCUACAGCAUGGUUUUAAUUGUGUUGGAGCGAGUGUGGAGCUUCUUGAGGACGUUAUCGACCAAGGGGGAAGCAUCAUCCUUUCGUUACCACCUACAGCCCAAUGUCCAGGCCACCACGUCGAAAUGGCUAUUGCCGGGACUGUUCACAACCUGGAAACAUUUAGAGUUCCAGAGUUCAAAUUCCAUCGAGGCGUUGAGCCGCGAGAUAGCCACGGGGCCGAAGUUUUAAGAUCCAUUAUGCAUUGGACACUGAAGGAAAUUGGAGUGCGGUACCAGCUUCCCAGAGUCAGGACCCUCGGUGGACGUGGAAUGUAUGAUGCUUUUGAAGCCUUCGCACUUAUGAGAGAAAAUCGCAUUUCAGGCGAGAAAGUUGUAUGGCGAAUGUCCGAGACGCCCGGCCUAUUGUGA